AUGGGGUCCUGACGUGACCAGACCAGAGCAAAGAAUGGGAUGGAGUUGAAGAAGAAGAAAUACUAGUGUGUUCUUCUCUCUCUCUCUUCAUAUUUGCUCUGUAUUCAGCUCUUUCUCUCUCUCUCUCUGCAAAUAUUCAAUCACCAUCACCAUCGUCGUCGUCAAUUGAUUCAUUUCUUGUGAAUUUCUAACAUAAUCCCUCGCUUUCUGCAUCGGAAUCGGAUAGUGGAAACUAGAAAGGAAGAUACGAAGAUGAAGACGUCUCUCAGAAAAUUGCGAGGUUUCGCACUGAAUAAGCAGGGACCUAAAGACCGCAGAGAUCUCCGACCUCUUUCUCAAUUAGACGAGCUUGCUCAGGCAGCUCAGGACAUGCAAGAUAUGAGGGACUGCUAUGAUAGAUUACUUUCAGCGGCUGCAGCCACUACGAACAGCGCUUUUGAAUUCUCCGAGUCAUUGCGGGAGUUAGGUGAUUGUCUUCUUGAGAAAACUGCACUCAAUGAUGAUGAAGAGAGUGGCAAGGUCUUGCUUAUGCUAGGGAAAGUGCAGUAUGAAGUUCAGAGACUUAUUGAUAGCUAUCGCUCUCAUAUAUCCCACACAAUCACUGUCCCAUCAGAAUCCCUUCUUAAUGAACUUCGGAUAGUUGAGGAGAUGAAGCGGCAAUGUGAUGAAAAGAGAGAAGUAUAUGAGGAAAUCAAAGCUAAACAUAGAGAAAAAGGGAGAUCAAGAAGUGGAAGGGAAAAUUUUUCUAUGCAGCAACUGAUUAUGGCUCAUGAUGAAUAUGAUCAGGAAGCAACAUUAUUUGUAUUCCGCUUAAAAUCUCUGAAGCAAGGACAAUCUCGAAGUCUUCUAACACAGGCAGCUCGUCAUCAUGCUGCUCAGUUGUGCUUCUUCAAGAAGGCUCUUAGGUCUCUUGAGGCAGUAGAGCCAUUUGUGAAACAUGUGACUGAACAGCAGCACAUUGAUUACCACUUUGUUGGUCUUGAAGAUGAUGAUCUAGAUGAUUAUGAUGACUAUAAUGAUGAUCACGAUGAUGAUGAUGACGGUAGCUAUGAUUCAAAUGAUGAUGGAGAAUUGAGCUUUGACUAUGGCCAAAAUGAUCAGGAACAAGAUGUUUCUACAUCAAGAAAUUCUAUGGAGGUUGACCAGGUGGACCUUACUUUUCCCAAGGUGGCAAAGGUGGAAGAUCCCAAGAACAAUCUUCUUAGAUUGCAUAGACAUCCCGCUUCCUUCAAGGCUAAAAUAGGAAGCCAAUCAGCCCCACUUUUUGCUGAGAAUAAAGUAGAUCCUAGUGAAAAAUUGAGACAGCUGCGGCCAUCAUUCACACGAAAGUUCCACUCGUAUGUCCUACCCACACCAAUUGAUGCAAAAAGUGCGGUUUCUACUGGAUCAGCUAAUCCUGUGAAGCACACUACAAUAACAAAUCUAAGCGAGCGAAAACAGAAUUUGUGGCAUUCAACCCCCUUGGAACCAAAAAUGUAUGAAAAGGAUUUGCAGGCUGAGAGCAUUUAUGUACCAAAAGUUAUAAAAUUACAGUCUGUACUGAAAGAAAGCAACAACAAUAUUGCACAACAUCAGCUACCUCCUCCGUUGUUAGAUGGCCAUAUAUUUUCCCGCCAUGAUCAAGGUUCUGCUUCUGAUUCCAAAAAAAUUAAAAGGCAAGCCUUUUCUGGUCCGUUAACAAGUAAACAGUGGUCCUUGAAUCAUCCCCAGUUAUAUUCUGGACCUCUCCUACGAAAUCCAGUGCUUCAACCUUCUUCGUCACCACCUAAAGCCUCUGCAGGUGCUUCCCCUACCUUUAUGUCGUCACCUAAAAUUAGUGAGCUUCAUGAAUUACCCAGGCCUCCCGCUAGUUCCUCCUUCCAGUCAUCAAAAUCAAUGGGUUUGGUUGGUCAUUCUGCCCCUCUUGUGUCUAGAGCUCAAGUACAUUCUUCCACAAAAAUGGUGACUAAAUCUCCUCUGCCAAAACCCCCUCAAACCGUUUCUCGUAGUUUAUCCAUUCCCUCAAAUGAUUCUAGGGUUGUGGAUUUACAAGUGUCCAAACCAAUGGAUGUUCCUCAAAACUCUCUGAUCACAGAAGAUCUUGUUUCUCCACCUUUAUCACCACUUGCCUUAUCUAACAACUAGCAAUUAUCAGUUUCCAGAUCUUCAUCAAUCUGGCCAAAUCAGAGGUGAGACCAUUAUUUUGUGGCCAUGAUUUUGGUUCUAACUUAGGCAACGGAGAGUUUUGGGUGGGAAGGAUCGUUUCUCGUUAAUUAGUUUGUACAGGUGCUGCUACUGCUACUGCUGCUGAAUAUGUAAAUAUCUUUUUGUCUUCAUAAUUUAUUAAUUAAUUAUCCGACAUGAUGGACUCAUUACAUAAUUUACUUCCAUCAUUGAGGAGUUUUGUAUUCACAACACUACGAGCUAUCUAUAAUCUAUAAACAAUAAUCAUUUUAUAUUUUAAAAAAACUAAUUUUUCUUGAUGUUA